AUGGACAUACCUUGCAGAAAGUCUGAGUUGGUGAUAAAGGACAGUGGUAAUAAAAAAGUGGUGCAGGUGGUGGAUGGAGAUCACCUGAAUGAUGAUAAAAUGCUUGAAACAUUCUCGGACAUACUUCAGAAGGGUAAUUCGGGUUUUGGUGAUACGAAGACUAAGGUUUUGAAAAAUUUGAACACUAACUUUGUGGUUUCCACAGCCAAAACUGAACCAUUAACUGUGCAGAAACCAUUAAAAGUACAGAAACCAACGAGCAAUAAAAGUGUUCCAAGCACUGAUAGCAAGACCAAGGACAAGAGUCAAUUGAACUUGGCAAAUAAAGUUGAUGCCAAAACUGGUUCAUUUACUAUAUCCUCCAAAAACAGCAGUGCUUGUUCUGUUAAAAAAAGCUCUUUUAUAUCUAGAAAAGGCGAUUACGUCGAUUUGGAACAAGAGUAUAAAUUUAUGGAUGCACAGAAAAAAGCAAACGAUGCUGCGGAUAAAAAUAAACCAACUUUAUUUAAAAGUAUGGUUUUUAGGAAGUUGGAUGAUGCUUCACAGAUGUCCCAAGGAGAUGACACGUCGAAUGAUAGUAAACCAGUUUUGAAAGGUAUUUUAAAAAAUAAUAAAGAACCUGUGCAUGUAUUUCCUAGUGCAAUUGGUGUACCUAACCUGUACAACGUAACCAGUUUGAAGGGUAUUUUGAAAUUGACAACCGAAACUGAUGAAACCAACACGAGCCAAAAGUAUGGCGCAUUCAAAAGUAUUUUAAAAAGUCUGCAUAUCAAAAAUAAAACUGAAAAGACAAACUUGCCCAUCGCAAGUAUUGAUGAUGAAAAAGAAAUUGCAGUGUUUGAAAGUGAAGCCAGUCAAAAUGAACUGGAGUUGGUGGAGCAUAACGAUGUCGAUUUGUGCAGUAGUGAACGAGAGGCACAGCUCAAGGCAUCCCAAAUUAAAGACAAUAUUGACCAAGAGGAUGAAACAGACGACUUAGAAACUUGUAGAAGCGAUGUGACAGUUGUAGCAGCUUCAAACUACCACAUCAACGACAACGUCUGGUCUGAUUUCCAGCCCAACACUCAAUCAACCUUGUCCAGGAACAACAGCACUAUAAAACAAGUAACACCAACCCACAGCGAUUGCUCUGAUGCCAACAUGAACUACCAACUAUCCUUCCAACAUGUGACCGAAAAGAUCUUGAACUCCUUAUUCGUCAACUGUUGCGAAGUGCCAGUGACUCCUGCCAACAGUGAAAUGAAUUUUGCGAGACCACUUUCCAGAGUUUCAUCCAGCUCUCAUGUUGCCCAAGUGGACGAGGACGAAGAAACCGAUUUGCUAACGGAAAUCGAUGAGAUUGAUGCCAAUGAUGAUGAUGAUGGUAGAUUGGAGUAUUUUAUGGAACCGUUUGAAGACACUUUGAAGUUCUUUGAUGAUUUCGAUUUGGAUGAUGAGAAAGAGUUGACGAUGACUAUGAGCGAUAUUGGACCGACGAAGAACAUGGAAGUAAAAUCAGGCUUAGAGCAACAAGCCAUGGAGGCUCUGUCCCAUGCAGUGAAUAAAAUCGACAGUCGUCCCUUCGAGUUGAUGAUGACGCAUUCGGAGAUGCAGCCAGCUGGAUACAUCAAAAACAAGGCUGUUCUGCUGGCCAAUUCCAGACUUAUGGCCAAGAAUACAGAUCUGGCCAAACCUUUCUUCGAUGUUGCUUUUGAAUCCAGGAGCAAAAUGAAGGAGAUCAACAGGGAGCAACAGAAGGAGUUUCUGGCCAGACAGGAAUUUCUAGAGCCUAUUCCAAAUUCUUCUGAACACAUCAAGACACCCAUACCAUCCAGGAGCAACUCUGCACAAAACAAUAACUUGAAGCACCAGAUGCUGCUCGAAAAAUACAGGUCGACUAGAUUUCCCAAAGAUUUGGAACUUAUUGUCUCGGACGGCUUGAAAAGCAUUGGUUUACUCCAGAAAUUCGAUAGCACUGAAGGUGUAAGAUCUAUGUGCAAUCUGAGUAACUCCGACAAAGAUCCUUUCAAAUCCUACAAGGAAGCAGUGGCUCGCACAGCUAUGGAGAAUCUGCCAGCAACUUCCAAAAAUUCUGUAAGCGUUUUUGUAGACUUAACAGAAUCAACAUCUACAGAAUCGUCGGAAACGUCUAGUGGCAGUGGCAAGUUUGAACAUGAUCCUCGUGCCAAGUUCAUCCAAAGACUAUCUAAAGAAAUACGUGAUGCCACUGACAAGAAGGAUCUCAAGGCUUUUGCUAAACAGGAGCAAUUGGAAGCCAAGAACUUCUCGAGAAACAUGAAGGACAGGAAAGCUAAAAGAAGUGCACCUAGUGGUGCUUCCAAAAGUGCUCCACAUUUUAAUAGUGCAUCGAGAAAUGUUCAUGUUGAACAAAGUCCUAAACCUAAGACGAGGAAAAAGAAGAAGAAACCAGCAG